AUGGGUUUCUUCCGGAAAGAAUUACUCUAUGUUAUAGUCAUCAUAUUCGGAUCCAUGAACUUUGGUGAAACAAUGGCCUAUUGGAGCCCAGCUAACAAGCAAAUGACAGCAGAUCUUCAAAUUAGUGAUUUUGCAGGAACAGUUUUCAACACACUUCCUGCUUUCAUGGGUAUCAUUACACCAUUCUUCAUCCACAUUCCAAUUAACAAGCUUGGCCGUAGACUUACUUCUUGCAUUACAGGUAUUUCUGCCGUUGUUGGUUGGUUACUUAUCCCAAUUGCCAACGAAAAGUUAUGGAUUUUCGCGUUCAUUGGUCGUACAAUCCUUGGCUUAACAGUUGGUUCAUUCUCAACCGUCUGCCCAUUGUACAUUACAGAGAUUUCUCCAACAGAGGUUCGUGGUUCAUAUGGUAUUUUACACCAGUUUGGCGUUGUUAUCGGUGCUUGCCUUUGCUACUUGCUUGGUAUUUGGAUCAAUUGGCGCUACCUCGCUUUGAUCCUUGCCCUUCAGCCAUUCAUCCAUGUUGUAUUCAUCUACUGCGUCCCAGAAUCACCACACCAAGAUCAUGAAGAAAUUCCAGGAUCAAAGAAGGAAAGCUUAUUCUCCAAGAAAUUCAUUAAACCAAUCUUGGUUUCAUCCCUUCUUAUGUUCUUCCAGCAAUUCUCUGGCUGCAAUGGCUUCCUUUCCAACCUUGAGAAGAUUUUCAGCGAUGCUGGUUCUUCAAUCAGGCCAUCUGUUGCCGCUUUCCUUGUCGGACUUUCUGGUCUCGUUGCAACAGGUUUCUCUGCACCACUUGUUGCCUGCAUUGGCCACCGUCCAGCCUGGCAUAUUUCUUCAGUCUGCUGUGCCUUGGCUCUUCUCAUCGCCGCUCUCAACUACUGGUUUAACUGGUCUAAAGUCAUCCCAGCCAUCAUGAUGAUUUUGGAUAAUCUCAUGUUUGGAUUUGGCCUUGGUCCAAUUCCAUGGGUUAUCACUCCAGAACUCUUCCCAGACUCUGUCAGACCAGUUGCAACAUCAAUCAUGACAACACUUAACUGGACAUUCGCUGCAAUCGUUAUGAUGAUUUGGCCACCAAUGUCAAAGUACCUCAAGUUUGGUGUUUCAAUGGCUAUCUAUGCAGGCAUCUGCUUUGCAGCCUUUGGCUGGGGCAUUUUCAUGCUCCCAGAUACACAUGGAAAGGAAAUGGGCGCAAUCUUUGAAGAAAAGGCAGAGCCACUCCUUUCUAACAACUAA